GUCUCGUACAUCCUCGGCGGCCGCACCGGCCGCAACCCCGCCUUCCUUGCCGGCUUCGGCCCCCGCGCCCCCGACCGCCCCCAGCACGCCCAGGCCUCCUGCCCGCCCCUCCCCUCCCCCCUCUCCGCCGCCGCCGCCGGCGGCGCCGCCGCCGCCAGCUGCGGCCCCGAGGCGCUCUUUUCCUCGGACCCCAACCCGAGCGUGAUAGCCGGCGCGCUGGUCGCGGGCCCCGGGCCGGAUGAUGAUUCCGAGGUUCUCGCGUCGAGGGCGGGCCCGGCGAACAGGGUGGGGAUCCACUACAAUGCGCCGCUGCUGGGGGCGCUCGCGGGGCUGGUGGGCGCCGGCGCGGCGCCGUCGCGCUGCCAGGGCGGCAGCGGGGUGCUGCAGCAGCUGCUUCCGGACGACUUCACGUGA